AUGGUGGGACUGAAGCCAUCUGAUGUUCCUCCUCCUUUGGGAGUGAAGGUACUGAGUGCAGGUACAGCUGCCUGCAUCGCUGACCUCGUCACCUUCCCUCUGGACACGGCUAAAGUCCGGCUACAGAUCCAAGGUGAGAAGGUGGCAGUAGAAGCUGCCAAGAACAUCCGUUAUCGUGGCGUGUUUGGGACGAUCAGCACCAUGGUGCGGACGGAGGGGCCUCGCUCGCUCUAUAACGGCCUGGUGGCCGGCCUGCAGAGACAGAUGGCCUUUGCAUCCAUACGAAUUGGCCUCUACGACAACGUCAAGAGCUUCUACACAGGAGGCAGAGACAACCCUAACGUGGGUAUUCGGAUCCUCGCCGGCUGCACCACUGGGGCGAUGGCGGUUUCCAUAGCUCAGCCCACAGACGUGGUGAAAGUGCGCUUCCAGGCCCAGAUGAACCUGGAUGGAGUCGCUCGUCGCUACAAUGGAACCAUGCAGGCGUACAGACAGAUCUUCCUCCUGGAGGGCCUGCGUGGACUCUGGAAAGGAACAUUACCCAACAUCACCAGGAAUGCCUUGGUCAACUGCACAGAGCUCGUGUCUUACGAUCUAAUCAAAGAAGCCAUUCUUAGACACAAGCUAAUGUCAGAUAACCUGCCGUGUCAUUUUGUCUCUGCGUUCGGCGCCGGCUUCAUCACCACCGUCAUUGCCUCUCCUGUGGAUGUGGUGAAGACUCGCUACAUGAACUCUCCUCCUGGUCAGUACAAAAGCGCCAUCCACUGUGCCUGGACCAUGAUGACCAAAGAAGGACCUACAGCCUUCUACAAAGGAUUUGUGCCUUCCUUUCUCAGACUGGGAUCAUGGAACAUCGUCAUGUUUGUGUCAUUUGAGCAGUUGAAGAGAGCCAUGAUGGCCUCUAAAAAGAAGAUGGAAGCCACCACCAUAUAGAGAAAGACUGUUGUUCCUAUGUUAAACGCACUGACUCGCUGAACCAGCAGCCGUUUGUGCUGCUGAAGGAAAAGUGAUUUGACAAAAACCUGCAAAAGCAGGUGGCCGAACAUUUAAUUUAUUAGUCUGAACUAAAGGAAAAGAGGACCCUAAGCUUUAUGCAGCGUUUUGAGAGAAAUGAAAGCAUAGUCAGUUCAUAUUUAUUGCACAAUUAUAAUGUCUCUCAGAGCCUGGGAUGUGUGUAUAUAAUGUUUUAUGAUGUACAGGUCCAAUAACGUUAUGGUAGCUGUUAGAUGAUGAAAAGUCACGUUCUGCACUUUGCCCUUUUUCACUAAACUACUCAAACCUACAAUGUGCCUUUACACACGCACAUAAAACACUUCCCAUAGACUGUCUUUGUUUCUAUAAUUAUUAUUAAUACUAAUGAAUCCUUUGUUUAAAAAAGGACAAUGUUUUUAAUUUAUGUUGAACUGUUUAUCGUAUGUUAACUCACCACUCGAUUGCUGUAAGCUUGCAGAAGAAACGUGCAAGUCACGCCAUAAGCUAUGACAGCAAACAACCUGAAAACAAAGUUCAUUUCUAAAAUAAAUACAUAUUUAGGUAAAGUA